UGUUUGGUUGGAGAUAAGAAACUUUACUAUGAUGUCAAAAGUGUUAAUUUUGCUUGGAAUGCUUUACUUCACAUGCAACCGCGGUGGGACAAUUCGCAAAGGGAGCCCAGAGUAAAAAUGGGGACAAAACUCUCAGUUUCUUAUGAAGGCACGUAUCAUCCAGAAAUUGCUCCUCGACUAGAUCGUCCUCCGACAUUUGACCCUUUAUAUGGCUUUCCUAAAGGUCGUAAACCAAGGGAAAUGAAAGCAACUUGGGAUGAAAUGAACGAUUGGAAUUUGUCAAUUGGUGAGAGAGACUAUUGCGCUCACCUGUUAAUCGAGUUGAAGCGUUGUCAGAGGCAAAAUGCUCCAUUUGCUGGUCACGUUUGUGAAGAUGCGCGUCAGGCGUGGGACAGAUGCGAGUAUGAGGAUUAUAUAAUGCGAAUAAAGGAGUUUGAACGAGAGAGGCGUUUGUUGAAAAGAAUGUACAGGAAGAAACAUGCUGAAAAGCAGUACGGAGAAGAGGUAGCAGCAGUGUAA